AAUAUCCGCAUUGUGUCAUACUUAUGCAACUAAGAGAGGUCCUGCUCAGACUAACCCUUAGAUUAAUGCGGAUGCGAGCCAACCGUGCUAGCGCCCCAGCGCCGCUUGCUGCUGUUCUGCUGCAUGCACGGAGCUCUUCUGGCACUCCAGAAGGUUGCCAGGGGAAGGCGAGAUGGGCCUGUAUGCUCUUAUGCGGAAUUACAUCAUUGUUAGCCAUGACGCUACAACUAGACUCACUGGGCGUCUCAAGGAUACAGCACCAUGAAUGAAGCUUGACCACCUAACCCGAUAGCACGACCGCCGCAGCCCACGACACGACUUGCAUUUCGAUCAUUUGUACUCGGUCGCCGGCCCCCAGGAUUGUGAACUCAUCAUGGAUGCUUGGGCAAGAAACGAAACCGAGUGCGAUGGGAAUGAAGCCGUCCGCCCCGGCGAGAAGGACAUCUAUGUCCAGCUGGUCAUCUCCUUCUCGCUUGGCCUCAGCGCUUUCGUGCUCUUUUGUUUCCUCCGCCCGCGAUGGCCCACUCUGUACGCCGCCCGAAAGCGACACAGCGACCCCCAGGUAAAUCUGCCGACGCUACCGGACAGCUUCCUGGGAUGGAUACCGGCCUUGUACAGAGUGACCGAAGCGCAGGUCUUGGCCUCGGCUGGCUUGGACGCCUACGUCUUUCUCAGCUUCUUCAAGAUGGCCAUGCGGUUAUUCGUCAUCAUGUUCUUUUUCGCUGCGACUGUACUCUGGCCGAUCAACAACGCCUUCGUCGAACCACCUGCCCCGUCCAAAGGCGGUUCGAAUGGGCAUAAACACGACUUGUUUCCAUACCGUGACUUUUACCCGAAGCCGCUUUCGCGGGCAUACCCCCUCGACGUGUACGACCUAAAACACGCCGACCAUCACAACGAUGAUGGCUGGCUGCACAUGAAUAAACCAUACCUCUGGUCAUACCUAGCUUUUACCUGGUUCUUCGCACUUCUCACCAUGUACUACCUGAAUAAGGAGACAUACAAGAUCAUCAAGGUCCGCCAGGACUACUUGGGCACCCAGUCUACGAUUACGGACCGGACGUUCAGAUUGACAGGUAUCCCGAAAGAUCUGAGGUCUGAAGCCAAGAUUAAAGAGUUCGUCGAGAAUUUGGAGAUUGGAAGAGUCAAAUCCGUUACACUGUGCCGCGACUGGGCCGAAGUCGAUGGUCUGAUGGCCGAAAGGAAUGCUGUCUUGCGGAAACUGGAAGAGGCCUGGAGUGUGUAUAUGAACAAAAAGCCAACUAUUGGCGUGGCACGUUCGCGGUACAACGGCGAGGACUCUGGCCUGGGCACUUACAGCGAUGAGCACGAAGCGCAUGAAAACAACUCUCUCUUGGCUGGAGAUAGCCUUCGCAAUCUGGCCCCAGGACGACCGCGACCCACGACUCGCAUUAGGUUUGGCUUCUUCAAGUUUCGGAGUCGCCAGACCGAUGCAAUCGACUAUUACGAGGAACAGCUGCAUCGUUUGGAUGAGAAGGUACAUGCGGCAAGAAGAAAACAAUACACCCCAGCAGCCACUGCUUUUGUCACCAUGGAUUCCAUCGCAGCUUGCCAGAUGGCCAUUCAAGCAGUCAUCGAUCCUCGACCCGGACAAUUUCUGUCAAAGCCGGCGCCAGCGCCAUCCGACGUGGUCUGGAAGAACACCUACGCUCCAAUGUGGAGGCGCAGGUUGCAAGCAUGGACUGUUACGAUUUUCAUUACAGUGCUCUCCAUCAUAUGGAUUAUUCCAGUCGCUUCCGUGGCUGGGUUUGUCAGUGUUUGCACCAUCAGGAAGCUGUCUCCGAGUCUGGAGGAAUUUCUGUUGCGACACGAGAUCACAAAGGCACUCGUACAAACUGCAUUGCCUGUAGGCGUCGUGUCAUUGUUAAAUGUUCUGGUGCCGUAUCUCUACGAUUAUCUCGCCAAUCAACAGGGUAUGGUAUCACAGGGCGACGUUGAGCUCUCCGUGGUAUCUAAGAACUUCUUCUUUACCUUUUUCAAUGUUUUCCUGGUGUUUACUGUGGGUGGCUCCACAUCUCAAAUCUGGCCAGUACUGCGCGAAUCGUUCAACGACACGCAAUACAUUGCCGUUACCCUGGCACGGUCGAUUACGAGACUGAGCAAUUUCUACCUCAACUUCAUUAUGCUUCAGGGAAUCGGUUUGUUUCCGUUCAGGCUCCUGCAGUUUGGUAGUGUUUCGCUCUAUCCAAUCUACAGGUGGGGAGCCAAGACACCUCGAGACUUCGCAGAAAUCGUCCAGCCCACGCUCUUCAACUAUGGCUUCUACUUGCCUACGUCUCUGCUCGUCUUUAUCUUGUGUCUUGUCUACAGCGUUCUUCCGAAUUGCCAACUAGUUCUGCUCCUCGGUCUUUGCUAUUUUACGCUUGGCUACUAUGCCCAUAAGUAUCAGCUCCUUUAUUCCAUGGACCAGCCUCAGCAUGCUACUGGUGGCGCUUGGCGUAUCAUCUCCUACCGGCUCAUAUUUGGGUUGUGUAUUUUCGAGGUGGUAAUGGGCGGCAUCCUGUUGUUACAAGGUGCUCUUUAUGGCGCGGCCCUGGUGGCUCCGCUUCUUAUAUUGACUGUAUGGUUUGCCUACUACUUCAGCCAACGAUAUACGCCUCUCACUCUCUUCAUCUCACUGCGAAGCAUCAAACGGGACGUCGAUCCCAGUGCAGAAGGCAACCCCGGUCGGGAUCAGGCACAGCAGCCUAGUCAGAUGCGUCUGACGCGCCGUAUGAGCACAGUUGACGAAGACAAGGAGAAAGGGAUGCUAUUCGUCAACCCAAACCUCGUGGCUCCACUUGAGCAGCCAUGGAUAUAUAAGGAUCCACCCCCGCCGCUUUCGGUAACAGAGUCAAUGCAGGUCCCAUACAGUGACGAUCCAGACAAUCAAGAAGAAAGUGGAGAUACCACCCCUUCGGUACCAUCUGGCGAAAACGGGGCUGGUCUUCCUGGCCCUCCUCGAACGAGUGCCACGAAACUGUACAUACGUGGCAAGAAAUAA